AUGGUAAACCUACUUAUUGGAUGUACUGGAAGUGUAGCAACAUUAAAAUUACCAGUCCUAUUAGAAAAGAUAUCAAGUGAUUUAUCUGAAGACCAAGUGAAUUUGAAAGUAUGUGUGACAGAGAGUGCUAGACAUUUCUUUGAUGAAAACAGCCUUCCAACUGGCACUAGAAUAUUCAAAGACUGUGAUGAGUGGAAUGCUUGGUCCGCCAGGGGUGAUCCUGUACUUCAUAUUGAACUAGCAAAAUGGGCAGAUAUAUUCUUAAUAGCACCCUUAGAUGCCAAUACAUUAGCAAAAAUGGCAAAUGGACUAUGUGAUAAUCUGCUUACUUGUAUAGCUAGGGCAUGGGAGAUGAGCAAACCUUUGGUAUUUUGUCCUGCAAUGAAUACAAAAAUGUACCAACACCCAUUAACAGCUCAACAAAUAGAUCUCCUAAAAUCUUGGGGGUAUCAAGAAAUUCCUGUCAUAGAGAAAAAACUCAUAUGUGGUGAUACUGGUCCUGGAGCCAUGGCUGAAGUCACUACCAUUGUUAGUUACUUACGAAAUAUAGUAUCAGAAAAUAAAUAA